AUGGGCCAGGAGAGGGCGUGUGAGCGUAAGGUUGAGGCGACGGAGAAUGGCCGUAUGGCCGAGGCGAAGGAGUAUGCGCAUAGGGUGGAUGUGAAGGCGGACCAAGCUGCUGAGGAUAGGGAGCAGGCCCCGAGUAAGAGGGCCGUUGAUAGUGCCCUUGAUAGGGCGCGUGGUAGGGCUGAGGCGGGGGAGGCGGACGCUGCCAAUUAG